CUAAUUAAUGACCUUGAAGUGUGUUGUUGUUUACUCAAUGGCCGGCCAUCCCUAGACGAUGACUUGCCAAUUACUUGGCUUCCGAUAGAACUCAGUUAUCGCAGACGCCAUGAGUACUCAACAAACACUAAACAACUUUGUAUUCCGAAGUCAGCCGGCCACCCCUAG